UAUGGUGUACGGUCGUCUCAUUUAUAACAAUGUUAAGGAUUAUACUCCUCAAUGGUUCAAGACUAUACCCUACUAAUAAACAGUGAAGCCAUCAUUUGGUAUAAAAUGAGAUUUAUAGUAGUAAGAAAACCUUAAGUAGUGUCUCGUUUGAAUAGCGAUCCUAAAGUUAAGGCUUUAUGGAGAUUUUUAGGUAGAAAUGUAGCUGACAAUCCUUGGGCUUGGUAAGUUUACAUUUUUGCAAGUAAAUAAUUCAUUAGGAAAUUUAGAUUCUGUUGUGAUUUUUGGUCUUUGUUAUUAUCCAUGGCUUUGGGUUUAUUAAUAUAACAAUAAGAAGGUAAAGAUAUUAUUUUUUAAAUUAGAGAACUAUUGAUUAUGCCUUAUAAUAAGAGAAAGAAUGGAAAGCCAAAUAGGAAGCAGCUGAAUAAUGAAAGU